AUCUGCAGAAAAUAGAUCGCGCCAGUCAGCCCGUCGCUCAGUGGCUCAGUGGCUCUUCCCACUUUUUUUUUUCGCGGAGAGUUUGUUGCUGCCGCAUAAUUCCAAGCCCGCGCUGCGUCUUCACCGCUGGCUGCCAACAACGAUGUUCCCCAGACUGUGAGAGAUGAUGACCGGACGAGGUGUCGUCGACGAUGAUGAUGACGAGACGACAAGCUCGAGCGAUGGCAGCAGCUCAUCGUCGGACAGCGAGACCAGCGAGGCCCCUCCGAGCGCCCACAACGGCACGAAGGCAGCCGUUCCCCCCAUCCGCAAAGAUGGCAUGGCUGUCUGUGAGCGAUGCGGAACUGUUGGUGUGAAACAUGCCUUUUACUCGAAGACAAAACGUUACUGCAGCGUCCUCUGCUCUCGGGGGCUCGUUCGAGCCGGGGGCGGAAAGACAUCGUCCUCGCAGAACCUGACCAAGCGUCCUAUGCCACAAGCCCAGCGAAAUGUUCCACACAUUAUAAAGCCCAAAUAUGAAAUGGUCACUUCAUUUGACUGGAAGCCCUACCUAAUGAAGGCCGACUUUGUGGCAGCCCCCGUUUCCUGUUUUAAGCAUGUUGCCUUUGCUGAUUGUUGGGACAACGUGACUGUCGGCAUGAAAGUGGAGGUUGAGAACAGGGACUGUGAGAGCUUCAAGCACAUCUUUGCCAGCUUCUACUGGAUCGCCACAGUGGUCAAGAUGGCGGGCUACAUGGCCAAACUUCGAUAUGAGGGUUUUGGAAUGGAUGACAGCAAGGACUUCUGGGUCAACCUCUGCAUCGAUGCGGUGUACCCGGUGGGCUGGUGCGCGUCACAAGGGAAGCCUCUCAUACCACCAAAGACAAUUGAGCACAAGCAUGGUGACUGGAAGCAGUUCCUGGUCAAGCGGCUGACAGGUGCCCGUACCCUCCCUACAAACUUUCAUGCCAAGGUGCGCGAGUGCAUACGUGGCCAGUUCCCCAUCGGGCUGCGGCUGGAAGUGGUGGACAAGAAGCGCAUCUCCUCGGUCAGGGUGGCCCGCGUGACGCACUGCGUGGGAGGACGCAUCCACAUUGCGUACGAGGGUCUCGAGGACGACGGCUUCUGGUGCCACGAGCGCUCGCCACUCAUCCACCCCAUCGGCUGGGCACAGGUCAUUGGCCAUGACCUGAGGGCAUCCCCCGAGUAUGCGAAGUCGUCACUCGAAAAGGCACUGUUGAGGAAAUGCGAGACUGACGAAGCAUCGUGGGACAUGUUUCCUCCCGUGCACACACCACAAUGCGAGCUGAAGUUCAAAGAAGGCAUGAAGCUGGAGGCCAUUGACCCCCUCAACCUGUCGACCAUCUGUGUCGCGACAGUGACCAAAGUCCUGCGCAACAACUAUCUCAUGAUCGGCAUUGACGGCAUGAUGGCUGCCAAUGGCUCCGACUGGUUCUGCUACCAUGCCUCAUCACCCUGCAUUUUUCCUGUGGGUUUCUGCGAACUCAAUGGCAUUGAGCUGACUCCUCCCAGAGGUCACAAAGGGGAUUUCCGUUGGUUCGAUUACCUCCGGCAAACCAAGUCUGUUGCAGCACCUGUGGCACUUUUUAAAAAGGACAUACCCAAGCAUGGCUUCCAGGAGGGCAUGCACGCCGAGGCGGUGGACCUGAUGGAGCCGCGCCUCAUCUGCGUUGGCCGCGUGACGAAGGUGGUGGGCCGGCUGCUGCGGGUGCACUUUGAUGGCUGGGAGGACAGCUACGACCAGUGGUGUGACUGCGAGAGCCCCGACCUUUUCCCUGUUGGUUGGUGUCAAAUGGUCCAGUAUCCCCUGGAACCACCAAGGCAGACAGAAAUCGGCUUUCUCAAGAAGAAGAAAAAGUACCAGAGCUACAAGGGCCCCCGUAGAAGUGAGUUUCGAACUCAAGCACCGACCCAAAAAAAGAAGAUGCGCUUCAUGGCUGGAAGCCGCAAGAGCGGGGGAACCAUCAAAGGUGGAUCUCCUGGCGACGAUCUCUACGGCGACGACGACGUCCACACCAAACCUGAUAUUGAUGACAUGGUCACAUCGUCAUCUGAAGCAAGUGCCCUGAACCGCUCGGACAACAGUAUCGGUGCCAGCCCGCAGCCCGCUGCAGCCAUUAGGCCGUUGGAAGUAGGCGAGGAAGUGGAAGACGAACGAGUGCAGACACGAGGGGGCCUCGGGCUGAGCGUGUCCCUGAGCAGCCUGCACCCUCGGCGCUGGGGUGUGGCACACGUCGCACGCUUCCUGUGGCUCAAUGACUGCGCUUCCUACUGCCAGGGCUUCUGUCGGCAGAAGGUUGAUGGGGCGCAACUCCUGGAGCUGACCAAAGAAUCUGUCAUGGCCCUGACCGACAUGAAGGUGGGGCCUUCGCUCAAGAUCUUCGACCUGAUUCAGCAACUCAAGGCAGAGUUCAGGGGCAAAGACAGCCUCAACUGAAGUCCACUUCCCAAAGGAGGGGCCUCCCGCCACUCUCAUGUUGCCGAACCGGGGUCAGAAGACAAUCCCCGCUCCCGCUAUACCUAACAUCACUUCUUUCGUUGUUAUUUGAUUUAGAUUACGCAUCAAGGACAAUUGUUUGGCUGCACAUGGCAUGUGCUUACAUUUGUGUUCUAUAAACGAGUGCAAUUUGUGAUGUGCUGAAGAAAUGGUGCACCACCUUCCCCAUCGCGUCUCUCUCUCAUUUGCUGAAUGUUUCCAAGUAAGCAGUUUUUUUUUCCCUCCUCUUUUCUAUCUACUGUCUGCUUUGCGUGUACAUUAAGUUCAAGUGCAGUGUCACAUAUGCACAGUGCAGGUUGUGAAGCUGUCCACGUCCAAGUUUCACAGAGGAAACCUAUUUGCAAAUAAAAUGAGCCUUUUGAAACAAAUGA